CUCAGUUUACAAAUGUCUAAAUAUUGUCAAGACUUACAACUUGCCCACAUAACAUUUUAGCCACUACUGGAAUUUAGUUAACAAGUUCUAUUUUCUAAAACUUAUAUAAUCCUUAUACCCAACUCUAAGGACUGAUCAAGAGGGUGUUUCUUGUAUGCUUCUUUCUUCUUGUCUUGAUUAAUUGUCAUUCAUUUUCUUGAUCCUAUUCCUUGCUUCUAUCAUUCCCUGUCCAAAAUGGACAGUAAGAAUUUUCCUGAUCAAUAUCUUUAUACAGGUUUCAAAUCUGACAAUUUGACAUUGAUCUGCUUAAAUAUACCUCCCAAUGUCAAUUCUCGUGGGAUGGUGAAUCCGCCAAAACCACCUGGAGAUUUCUUAACAUACACAUUGCCUCUUCUGGAGCUGCAGAUGGGUCUCAUUUUCAUUUUCACCAACGCAAUUCAUUUCAUGCUUAAGCCUUUUGGAGCCUCCUUAUUCAUCUCGUGCCUUCUUGCAGGCGUAUGUCUUGGUCCAACAUUUCUUGGAAGAUAUGAGUUUAUGAAGAAUUCGGUUUUUCCUCAUGAAGCCCAAGAUAUAAUCACGACAUUAGCUUUACUUGGUUAUAACAUGUUCUUGUUUCUUGGUGCGGUGAAGAUGGAUGUCGGGAUGGUACUCAGGGCAGGACAUAAGGUAUUGUCUAUCGGUGUUUUAUCAGUGACAGCACCUUUAAUAUUUGGGCUAACGUUUCAGAAUUCCCAUGGAGGAGAGUUUAAAACGGAAGAUGAAUUUCUCGGAAGUUGGAGUGUCAUUUUAAUCCAUGCUAUGACAAGCUUUCCAGUCACUGCUUACCUGAUUGGUCAUCAGCUCAAAAUAUCAAACUCAGAACUUGGCAGGUUAUCACUGUCAUCAGCAUUAGUUGGUGAUUUGUUAGGCAUAUCUACGACAAUAACAUUAUCCUUGGUAAAGACAGGUACAUGGGUAGGAGUUGUUCAGAACUUUAGACCUAUCCUCGGCUUUGUUCUUGUCGCAGUAUUCGUACUCCGUCCUGCAAUGAAUUGGAUAAUUAGAAAAACUCCAGAAAGGAAGCCUGUCAAUGAGACUUACAUUUACAUAAUCAUGGCACUGGCCAUUGGCUCUGAAGCAUAUUUCAACUACUUUCAUCAGGUUCAGUACCUGGGUCCAUUUAUAAUUGGUUUAGCUACACCAGCUGGAGCUCCAUUAGGAUCUGCUCUCGUAGAAAAAUUCGAGCCCUUUACCCUGGAUGUUCUUUUCCAAAUCCUAACCGCGACAUCAAUGAUGAGGGCCGAUCUAUGGCUCGUCGUAUCUGAAUAUACCAAGUUAAGGAAAUACGUAACCGUAAUUUGUGUGACUUGUUCACUCAAAUUGAUAGCAACUUUGCUACCUGCAUUGUUAGCGAGGAUGCCACUGAUCGAUGCUAUGGCGCUUUCCGUCGUUCUGAAUUACAAAGGCAUCGUAGAGCUAAGCUUGAGUGUCGUUUACAGGGAUUUGCAGAUGAUAAGCGAAGAAGUGUUUUCCCUCGUAGCUUUAUCCAUUUUUUUAAAUGCAACCAUUCUUCCGCUCCUUGUGUAUAGCUUCUAUGACCCCUCAAGAAAAUAUGCAGGCUAUCAGGCAAGAAAUAUUAUGAGUUUAAAACCUAAUUCGGAGCUCAAAAUUCUGGCUUGUGUCCACAGACCUGAUGAUGUAAAAUCCAUCAUAAGACUGCUCGAUGCCUCGGGCCCUUCAAAAGACCAUCCAAUUGGUGUUUAUGUCCUUCACCUAAUCAAGCUAAUUGGUAGAUCUACCCCAUUCCUGAUAUCCCACUCAAAACAGAAGGUUAUUUCUAACUCUAGCUCUAAAAAUGUCAUCCAUGCCUUCACCCAGUACGAGAAAAACAAUUGGGGCGCUGUUUCCAUGCAAUUCUUUACAGCAAUGUCUAUGUACGAAUUAAUGCACGAGGACAUUUGCACUCUUGCUCUUGACAAACUCACUUCCCUUAUAAUAAUCCCACUCCACCGAAAAUGGUCAAUCCAUGGAAACGUCGAAUCCGAGGAUAGAUAUCUAAGAACCCUAAACUGCAAAGUCCUUGACAAAGCCCCAUGCUCAGUGGGGAUCUUUUUCGACCGCGGCAGGCUUGGACGACAACGCAUUGCGCCAUCAGAGUCACCAACCCUUUCAUUGUGCAUGCUCUUCUUCGGAGGGAAAGAUGAUCGCGAGGCCCUGACUCUAGCGAAACGCAUGGCUAGGGACUCAAAUGCAAGCCUGACAGUUGUCCAUUUCACCGCCAGAGACAUGUUCAUUGCAUCUGAAGAUAGAAUGGUAGAUGCCGUGCUGUUAGAAGAUAUCAAGCAAAGGGCUGAUGAUGAUAGCAAUGGAGGCAUAGCGUACAUAGAACAUGCGGUGAGAGACGGACCUGAGACCGUACUGAUAAUUCGGGCAAUGGCAAAUGAUUAUGAUGUUUUCCUGCUAGGAAGACGAUAUGACAUCGCUUCCCCUCAAACGGCAGGUCUAUCACUAUGGAGUGAACUUCCGGAGUUGGGUAUUAUUGGAGACUUUUUUGCUUCCAAGGAUUUGGAUAUAAAAGCUUCUGUUUUAGUGGUGCAACAACAAAAGCAAAUUAAGAGGCUAGAAUAGAUGAUAGUGUUUCAUCAUUUUUUUUUUUUUUGUCUUUUUUAACACUAUUCUUUUAUACAAUAUUUUUAUCAUUUAUCUACAAGCAAAAAUGAAAAAUUAGCAUUUGAAGUUUAGUCAUCUGUAUAAUAAAACUCAAUUAAAUCCCAAAAUGUACUACAACAAUUUUAUGUUUCAAAAAUAUUCUGCAGCCCUCUUUAUACUGAUAUAGAAGAGGGAGAUCCUAAAAAGAAAUUUAAUAAAUUUUGAUUUAAAGAAAAGAUAAAUAUUGACAUAAUUUUUUUAGUGAUAAUCAACCAAAAAAUAAGAAUAAAAGAGGAUAAAUAGUUUUAAAAUUAUUUGGUAAUUAUUGAUGGAGUCUUUAUUCGGAUAGUUGUCGCUACAUUAGUGAUGAGGGCGGAUCUUACCCUCAUAAUAAUUAAAUUUGGAACAUUAAAAUUUUAUAGGACAAUUAUAUUCUUGAUUUUUGGAGCCAAAUUGGUAGCUUUUUCGUUACC